ACUUCCGGGUUGAGUCAAUCCUGAGCGGGGUGUGUUGUUGUUAUUAAAUUUGCUGACUCUACACAUCUGUGAGAGAAGAAGAGUUGAAUUCUCCAGACACGGAAGAGACAACAUGGCGACAACCAUCAGCACCCAACGGGGACAGGUGUAUAUUGGUGAGCUCCCCCAGGAUUUCCUGCGCAUCACCCCUACCCAGCUACAGCAGCAGGUCCAGCUGGACGCCCAGGCAGCCAGACAGUUGCAGUAUGGAGGCUCAAUAAGCACCGUGGGGAGGCUCAGCAUCACUGUGGUUCAGGCCAAACUGGCUAAAAACUAUGGUAUGACACGGAUGGAUCCGUACUGCAGGGUCCGACUGGGAUAUGCAGUCUAUGAAACACCAACCGCUCACAACGGAGCCAAGAACCCACGCUGGAACAAAGUGAUCCAGUGCACAGUGCCACCUGGGGUGGACUCCUUCUAUUUGGAGAUCUUCGAUGAGAGAGCAUUCUCCAUGGAUGACAGGAUAGCAUGGACUCAUGUCACUAUCCCUGAAGGCCUGAGGGAGGGCAACGUGGUGGAUGAGUGGUUCAGCCUCAGUGGCAGGCAGGGCGACGACAAGGAGGGCAUGAUCAACCUCGUGAUGUCUUUUGCUUCGUUACCAUCAGGGAUGAUGACUCAGCCUGUUGUCCUGAUGCCCUCUGUGUAUCAGCAAGGAGUGGGAUAUGUGCCCAUCGCAGGAGUGCCUACAGUCUACAACCAGGGUAUGGUGCCCAUGGCAAUGCCAGGGGCCAUGCCAGCCGUUGGGGGCCAGGGGCCUGUGUGCAGUGAGGAGGACCUGAAGGCUCUGCAGGACAUGUUUCCCAACCUGGAUAAGGAGGUGGUUCGCACAGUGCUUGACGCACAGCAGGGCAACAAGGACGCUGCCAUCAACUCCCUGCUGCAGAUGGCUGAGGAACUCUAACAGUAGAACACAAGCUCACGACGGACAUCCCACAGACACAUACACGUAUACAUGCAUGCAGCCCUCACACACAAGUAAACACACAAACACACACACACACACACACACAAUCACCCCGUAGGCUCACCCACAAACCGCAGCCAUAUCUGAAUUCCCACCAGCUGGUAGCCACAGAGAUUUGUUUCUCCCUCCGUCGACUCCUUCUAGACAUGAGAGUACAUGAAGCCUGGGUUGUCUCUGCUAACGCACUGCUGAGUCACUGGAUCCGCAUACCAUCACAACUGUUUUCACCUUUACUUUAAAGAUCCGAUUCAGUGUAUUUGGGAAAUUCUUUAGACAGGAUUGUAUAACAGCGGAGAACUAAAUAUUGAACCGGCAGUAGUGUGAAUUGAUGGGUAUCGAAAAUCCCACCAACCCUAAUCAUUUUGUAUUUCUCAUUUGUUUCAGUGUCACAAUCUCUCACUGUAUCCAGAGUAACCCAGUUGAUUUGCACAGAUUCCAUCUUAUGUUUAUGUUGAUUUUGGCGCUAAUAAUGUGUGGAGAACAUGCUUGUAGUAACCUUAAGAAAAAUGCUUCUGUAUCAUAUUUACCUGUAAAAUGUUUGGUGCAUUUAAAAUCUGAUAAAAUUAUUAUGAAAGUAUUUAAUUAUUUAGAAUUCUCCAUGGUGACGAGAGAAUCGAAAAUGAACAGAUGACCUUAGAAAUUUGAGGAACCGAAGAAUAUAACCACUGAACGCCACAUCAAUCUGAGUCAUCUUUUAAGGUUCCCUUGUAAAGUUUGGGUGUCACCCAUAAACACUUGAUAUUAUAAACUAAUAUAAUGUGGAGUCCCUUUUUUUAAGUCGGUGUAAAGAUGCUGUGUGAGCAUAAAGAGAAGAAUGACAUCACUUUGAAGCUCAGCAGGAUUCAGAGACCUGAAAGGAUUCAAACCAUUGUGGACAAAUAUGAUGUGACCAGACUUUCAUGAAUUUUGCCCCCAAUUUUCAUGUUCCACAGACCCUGACCCUAGUUGUUUUUGAUGACCCCCCUCCAACACCCCCAUCAUGUAAAAGCUUGCACGACUAAAGCACAACAGCAGUUUGUAACGCCUCAUGCUUCAAAUGCUUAGUUUGAUCACAGUAUUUGUAUGUGUUCUUAAAGCUUUCUAUUCACA